AUGGAUAAAAUCUUCUUCACGGGGUUUAGCAACCAAGUCAGCAAAAAGCUCUCAGAAUCGAAGAAGAGCAGGGCUGAAGCGCUAGAGUCAUUAUGGAAGACAGAAAACCGGGAAGAUGCCAUCAGACUAAUAGGACAGAAUGAAGAGCUAAGAGACCCUGAUCUGAAGCUCGAUCAGUGGCUCACCCAAGACUCAUUCUGCACUCAAUAUGCCGCCAGCACUAACGCAACUGGACGAGUGAAGGAUGAUGAAAAACAUGCCUUGCUGCUAGGCCAUAUCCGGGAGCUCAAGAAACUGUACUGGGCUGGUUGGCACCAGCGAGACCUGAAACCCGAAGACGUUAAGGGCCUCUACACUAAAUUGGUAGCCGCGCCCAGAUAA